AUGAGAGCUGCAACUUCUUCAGGUCGUGAUCACCAAGCACCAAAAAAGCAUUUUCAGCGCGAAAGAAUCAUGGAAGAAGAGAUUUCAUUGAACCCACGUGCGUGGGUUGGCUUGUCCACUCUCAACUACCACAUCUGCAAUGAUCGCUCCUACUUCACCACGUAUAACCCCAUUGGAAGUUUACCUGUCCACUUCUGCGGCGCUGCUGAAACACUUCGUGACGAGAACCUAGGUAUCAGUACCGCCCAUGGUAUCGGAGACGUCGCCCUCCAAAUUUGCAAGAGCAACGGAGAACUCACAACUCUAAUCCUUAACGAAGUAUUAUACGUGCCUGGAUCGCCGUGCAACGCCAUCGCAGUUUUGAAUCUAGGAAAAUGUUUCCGGUUCGAUAGGGGGGCAGGGGUGGUAUAUGAUGGGAAGGACCGCGAGGUUGCUUACCUUCCACGCCAAGGCAGGGCGCUUGUGACGCUCAAGCUUGCGAAUGAGUGGAGCGGAAUGUUCCCAGAAACUGUCAAGGACAAAGAUGCCCCCUUGGUGUCGCUCGGCUACUGGGCAAUGGGUGCGCCUGUGCUGAACGAGACCGACACGGUCAAAGAGGUGCUGCAAAACGUGAUGCAACUUACGGAUUAUGCUGAGGAUGGGAGGUUUGGUAUGGAUGUGUAUCCACGCAUUCAUGCAGGCAAGUACCUUGACCAGAAAGUCAACCUUACCAUCGGCAAAGUUCUCGAGCUUCUCGCCCUGUACGACAAGUCCGACAAGACAAAGGAGAAGUUUAUCAAUUCGGGGCUUCUCAAGCCAGACUUCUCUGAAUCGAAACUCACCUACGGAACUUCAAAUUUGGACAAGAAGCGUGCAGGCGGGAUCAUUCCGGAAACCGAUAGAUUUGCCUAUCCGGAGCCUUCCCACCGCAGUCUCAACCAGUGGAACCCUCCUAGUCCACAGACUCCCAUCCAAAACGUUCCUAGCCUGAAGGCCACCAGUCCAGAGAUACCCAAACAGGAGGCUUCUGAUCUGAAUGUUCCUGCUCCGAAUGCUUUUGGGCUGACACCUUCCAUCCCGCAACGCCACACCCUGGAGAUACUCAGCAAGACCAAGUUCAUCCAACUCGGAUGGGGCUCUCGCGCCGGCUUCCAGCACGCCCACGCACUGAUGCACCCGGCUGACAUUGUGGCUGGCAACCGCAUCUUAGACGAGUACGAGCGCCAGGAGAUUGGGUUGGGCUGGUUUCAUUCUCAUGGAUAUUUGCUACGACGACACGAAUACCGUGGUGGCAGGGAAUGGACUGUUGCGACUGCGUAUAGUAAAUAG